ACGCCGUGGAAACUGCCACUGCUUUCUGAGCACCGAAACACUGGACUGAGAGAAAUGAAUGAAAAUAUCAACAUGUCAUCGGGCUGUGACUGGUUAUGACUGGGUUUCGAUACGCAUCGUUUGAUAUUUGAAGAACAAAGUUGGAAGAAUCGUACCAAAGACCCCCUUUUCAGAGACCCCCCCCGGAAUAAGACGGCCAACAAUGGGUCUGUUUGACAAACUGGCUGGCUGGCUGGGGCUGAAGAAGAAGGAAGUGAACGUCCUGUGUCUGGGACUGGACAACAGUGGGAAGACCACUAUCAUCAACCAACUCAAACCAUCCAAUGCCCAGACACAAGACAUCGUCCCAACCAUUGGCUUCAGCAUAGAGAAGUUCAAGACAUCAAGUCUGUCCUUCACAGUGUUCGACAUGUCUGGCCAAGGGAGAUACAGGAACCUCUGGGAGCAUUACUACAAGGAGGGUCAAGCCAUCAUCUUCGUGGUGGACAGUGGAGACAAGUUGAGGAUGGUGGUGGCUAAAGAAGAACUGGAUACGCUCCUCAACCACCCAGACAUCAAGCACCGGCGGAUCCCCCUGCUGUUCUUUGCCAACAAGAUGGACGUGAGAGACGCCCUGUCUUCAGUCAAGGUCUCCCAGCUACUCUGUCUGGAGAACGUCAAGGACAAGCCCUGGCACAUCUGUGCCAGUGACGCUGUGAAAGGAGAGGGCUUACAAGAAGGGGUUGAUUGGCUCCAAGAUCAAAUCAGAACGAUGAGAACGUGAGAGGUUGAGAGAACAUCGUGGGGGGAGUGGGG